UAUUUUUCAGUCUCUUCUUCUUUCAGCUAACUUUGUACGCAUUUAAAGCGCCGACAAAGUUGAACAAGACAGGAGUAGAAGCGGAAGAGACACGAUUCUCCUCUGACUAAUCGGUUUCAGAUUGGUUUAAUUACAAUAUUCAUCUCGAAAAAUUUCUCACGAGAUUCUCCUUGGCGGUUUCUUUGUCAACGCCGGUGAAAAUCGAAGAUCUGGUCUCAAACAAGAUAGCUAUAAAUCAUGGACGAAAAUACUAAAUCUGUAUCAGGAAAUGGUAGAACCGAGCUGGUAAAAUUCAUUGCUGAUAGCCAUGCCAAGCUCAUGAAACCAGCUGCUCGUUAUUACUAUACACUUAAAGAUGCUAUAGGUUGUGGGAAAAGAAGAUAUACGGCAGUAAAAGUUGCAGAAGACAUGGAAACAGGAGUAUAUGACAAACCUCUUCCUUGCUUUGGUUGUGGAAUCGGAUGGUUCUCCUUUCUACUAGGUUUUGUGUUCCCACCUUUGUGGUACUAUGCUACCUUUCUUUACUUCGGGAACUAUUACCGUAGAGAUCCUAGAGAAAGAGCUGGUCUUGCUGCUUCCGCAAUCACUGCAAUGGGAUUCUCUUUUGUGUUACUCGUGGUUUUUGCUUUCCGUUGGUUUUACUAUCUUUGAGAUAACUAUGUAAGUGCAGAUUCUUAUAAGUUCCAUGCUCAUCAAAGGAAUAGUGGCGGAACUUGAUGUACAUUCACAUAAACCCAUGAGUUUACCCCAAUCUUUGUUUUCUUAAGUUGUCUAUCAUUUCUUGUUCACAGCUUAUAGAGUUUGUAUACAAAGAAGAGAGAAGAAAAAAGGAACAAAUUAUAUAAAAUUCUGUUUUUGUGAUGA